GUCUGGAUUUUUAUUUUAUGGAACUUUAUAAACUUUGCUCAAGCUGUGGAUCUUUACCAGAAGCCAUCAUUUAUCUCAGCUAAACUGGGUGAAACUGUUACAUUUCAUUGCACAUUUGCAAAGAAGCACAGUGCAGAAUCCAUGGUCUGGUACAAACAGACUGGGGUGCAGAUUCUCAACAUUGCGGUACAGAGUCCACUCAUGGAAGUCAUCAUUUCAUCUGAGUACAAUAAGUCACACUUGAAGCUAGAGAGGACUAAGACCAACAUUUCCUUCUCUAUUCUACAUGCUGCUAAAGACGACGGAGGACUUUACUUCUGUGGUGUAGUUCUGAUGAAAACCACUGAGUUUUCCACUGGAACCUUUUUAGCUGUGACAGGCAAUCCAGAAUUAACCAUAUCGGUGGUCCAAAGUCCAGUGUUGGGGAGGGUUCCCCCAGGAGAGUCGGUGUCUCUGCAGUGCACCGUCCUCUCUGAGAGGACAACAGCAGAACUCGGAGUGCUCUGGUUCAGAGCUGCUGCAGGAGACUCCCAUCCUGAAAUCAUUUACACUCAUCACAACAGCAGCCAUCAGUGUGAGAUCAGCUCUUCUCCACACAGCUGUGUGUACAACUUCUCCAAGAGUGUCCUCAGCCUCUCUGAUACUGGCACUUACUACUGUGCUGUGGCCACCUGUGGCAAGAUCCUUCUUGGAAAUGGGACGAUAGUAGAGUUGGCCAAGCCUGUGAGUCCUGCAGUGAUCUGGCUGGGAGCAGCUUUGGGAGCUUGUGUAAUUGUGAUCUUUGCUCAAGCCAUUUUAAUUUGUAAAUGGAGAAGCUCUCGACCCAGCAGUGAGAAACAAAGCACUGCUAAAGUGAAAAAAAUCAAUCAGGGCCAUGAUAGUGUGGAGCUGAGUUAUGCUGCCCUGCGUUUUAACGGGAGGAAAACUGGAAGAAAUCACAGGGAGAAGGAACGGCCUCAAGACUGCGUGUACUCUGAUAUCAGAUGUCCCACUGUUACUGACCAAAGUUUGUUUGAUUAAAUCUCUUUGCCCUGCUGACGAGCAUAAUUUACAAAUUUAGCAAAUACUGCCUUUUACACAGCACCAAUUCUGCUUCACAGUGUGUAAAAUGUUUUAAUUUCUAUUUGGGAAAAUAUUGACUAGAAAUAUUGAAGUCCCAUGUAAUGUCCCCAUCCACGUCUAUAAUUUGAUAAUUUGGUUAUUUAAUAUGCAGACAUCAUCAACAUGCAUAUGCAUUCCUUUCCUUUAUCAACACAGGCUUUUGCAAUCACAGCGUUCAGCACAAACAGACUGAGAGUCGGUGCUGGAUCCUUAAAUAUGAAGCUCUAUUUGAUGGUAGUGAGAUGAUGGUAAAGUGGUAAAGAUGAAUUCAGUAAGCUUAAGCUAAGGAUGUGUUCUUAUUUGUGCUUCUGAUCCUUCUGCACACUUUACUGAAAAAUGUACAGAUAUAAGGGGCGAAUGACUGGUCCUAAGAAAUGUAAAUGUAGGAUCCAGAAAUCUAAUUGUGCUCUGUUAAUUCCUUUUCUGCUUGUACAUUUUGUAGAUAAUUAUGAUAAUCUCACCCUGCGGCAACACUGUAUUAAUACAUUUUAUCUUGUUUUCAAACGUGGUGUAACUGCU